GCACGUCUCCCACAUCUUCAUAAAGCCUCAUUCCUUGUGUCCCAUCUUUGAAGCACCAUAACCUCUGAGACACUCUCACCACAUCAGCAUGGCCAUCUCAUCACGUCUGGCUCUGUGGGAGCAAAAGAUAAGGGAAGAAGACCGUAGCCCCCCACCCACAUCUCCACCCCCUCUUUUCUCCGUCAUUCCUGGGGGUUUCAUCAAGCAGCUUGUGCGGGAAACAGAAAAGGAGUCCAAAGAAGCAAAAUCGAAAGAGAAGAUUGGAUUAAUUUCCAAAGACGAUCCUCCGGGAAAGCAGGUAGAUGGACCUGUGCAGCAGUUUGUGAUCAAGGACACCAACAUUUUGGAAGUGCGAGGGGACAUGGCCAGCGAGGGGCAGCUGGUUCAAGGGACGCUGAACGGGGAGAAGCACGGAGGGGAAACGGUGGCGGAGAUUCCGGAGAGGAGGCCUUUGCCGUUCAAGAGGGUGAUCCAGAGGAGCAGUGCCAAGCGGCCGGCGCCGGCAUCGGUGCUUGAAUCAGCACCAGCCACUCCAAAGUCAGGAGGGAACGAUGCACCCCAGUCUCCUCCGAAAGUUCCUGCUCCGGAGAAGGACAAAAGCAGCAGCCCGAAGGAGGUUGGCACAGGCACAGAUGCGGGGAAGAAGGACCGUUUGCUCCGGAGCAAAAGCCCAGGGAAAGAGAACUUGAAAACAAGGACCAAGGAAGAGUCCCUGGGUAGGCCAGGCAGCAAGGCUAAGGCAACAGGUAAAGAGAAGGGAGAUAAUCCAGAGAAGCCCGGAGGCGGCGCUGGGAAGCAGGCGGCAGAAGCCAAGGAGAAGCCAGGAGAGACUGGGAAAGGGUCAGAAGAAAGCAGGGAGCAACAAGGAGGAAUCGGGAAAGGGCCCAAAGGAACCCAAGACGAACCAGCGCAAAUUGGAGGGAGGAGCGAGCGAGGAUCUUUGGAGGCAGAAAUUAACAAGAAAUCGGAGGAAGCCGAGGAAGCCUCGGCGGCAGGGAGCAAAGAAGAACCCGGCGAAAGCACCGAUUCGGACAAGGUCCGCGAAGACGUCUGGUAUGAAACGGAGAAGGUUUGGCUGGUCCAGAAGGAUGGAUUCACUCUGGCUACUGAGCUGAAGCCAGAUGUGGGGACUCCGGAGCUCCCUCUGGGCACCGUCCGGGUUCGAGUGGAAGCAGAUGGGACCAUCGUUGAGGUGGAUGAGCAAAACGUCCAGAGAACCAAUCCUUCAAGACUCGACUACACCGAAGACCUGGCCUCCUUGGUCAACCUGAACGAAUCGAGCGCCAUCCAUACACUCCGCCAUCGGUAUCAGUCUCAGCUGCUUUACACCUACACCGGACCAGACCUGAUAGCUGUUGAACCCUACUCUUCCAUGACCAACGGCUCAAAAAAGGCGUUCAAAGGCAAGCGGGACGGGCUACCGCCGCACAUCUUUUCCGUGGCGCAGAGAGCCUACUGGGGCAUGCUGGUGCAACGGCAGGAUCAAGCCGUCGUGCCCCUAGGCAGAAGCAACGCCGGCAAGACCACCUGCUGUCAGAACGUCUUGGAGUACCUCGUGGCCACCGCCGGCAGCGUGGACAACCGGGUCACCGUGGAGAAGAUCCAGGCCAUGUUCAAGGUGCUCAGAGCCUUUGGGACGGUGUCCGCCGGCCAUAACGAAGCCUCCACCCGCUUCUCCAUGCUCAUGGCGCUGGACUUCAGCCCCACCGGCCGCGUAACGGCCGCUCAUCUCCAGACGCUGCUGCUGGAGAGGAUCCGCGUGGCUCAGCAGCCGGAGGGAGAAAGCAGCUUCAACGUCUUCACUCAGAUGCUGGCGGGACUGAGUUUGGAUCAGAGGACAACAUUGCAUCUACAUCAGAUGGUGGAGAAUAGCACUUUUGGCAUCAGGCCCUGCCUGAAGGCUGAAGAGAAGCAGAAGGCGUCGGUGGCAUUUUCUCAGCUCCAAGCUGCCAUGGGGACCUUGGGGAUCUCCGCGGGCGAGCAGGAAGCCAUUUGGCGAGUCUUGGCUGGCAUCUACCACCUGGGUGCUGCAGGCGUGUGCAAAGUUGGCAGGAAACAGUUCAUGAGGUUCGAAUGGGCCAACAAUGCGGCGGAAGUCCUGGGCUGUGACUUUGAGGAGCUCACCACGGCCGUCUUCAAACACCAUCUCAGGAGGAUCAUCGAGCAGGUCACGUCCGGAACCGGGGGACUGCUCAGCCAAGACGAGGAUCCGUCUGACGGUCCCAAGCUGACAGGCCUGGAGUGCGUGGAGGGGAUGGCUGCGGGACUCUAUGAGGAGCUGUUUGCAGUACUUGUGUCUCUGAUCAACAGAUCGUUCUCUUCCACUCAUCUCUCCAUGGCUUCCAUCAUGGUGGUGGACACCCCCGGCUUCCACAACCCCCGGCACCAGAAGAAGGAGCGGGCGGCGACGUUUGAAGAGUUCUGCCACAACUAUGCCCAAGAGCGUUUGCAGGCGCUGUUCUACCAGAGGACAUUUGUGUCCGCGUUGGAGCGGUACCAGGAGGAAAACAUCGAGGUGCCUUUUGAUCUGCCGGAGCACUCGCCAGUAGCCACAGUAGCCAUCGUAGAUCAAAACUCAUCGCAGGUUCAUGUCUCACCUGGGGGCCAGGUAGAAGAGCCGAAGGGACUGCUUUGGAUUUUGGACGAGGAGGCUCUGAUCCACGGGUCGAGUGACAGCACCGCGCUCAACCGCCUGUGCUCUUACUUUGUGAAGGAGGGCGUGAGUGAGGAAGCGGAACAGGCCCCCCUCCGGAAGUGUGAGCAGCCGCUGCAGUUCGAAAUCGCCCACCAGCUAGGCAAGGAUCCCGUCCGCUACGACGCCACCGGCUGGGUGAACAAGGGCAAGUGGAAUCUCUCUGCGCAGAACGCCAUCCAGGUGCUGCAGCAGUCAAAAAUAGAUGCACUGAAGAAACUGUUUUUCCCACGGUCCAAAAUGCCCCUGAUCUGUCGGUCUGUGGCAGGGAUGGAGGGCAACUCCCAGCAAGCUUUGCAGCGCAUCGGCUGCGUGCGGAAGACUUUUACCAGCAGCUUUGCGGCUGUGAAGAAGAAAUCUGUGUGCGCUCAGAUCAAACUUCAGCUGGACGCCCUCGCCAACCUAGUGAAGCGGUCCCAGAUUCACUUCGUCCAUUGCCUCGUCCCGCGAACGGAAGCGGACAGAGCAGAAGAGGCCGCUCUGCAGCCCUGUGUGACAUCGGAAGGCGCAGCCGUAGCGGCGUGGGAUGUCCCGUCCCUGCGUGCCCAGCUCUCUGGGGGCCAGAUAUUGGACGCGUUACGGCUCCACAGGAUCGGGUACGCAGACCGCAUGGUGCUGACCCAAUUCCGACGCCGCUUCCAGAUCUUGGCUCAGCCGGUGAUGAAGAAAUACACCUCAGCCUAUGAGAUGACGGAUGAGAAUAAGGCUUUGGAAGAGCUGCUCCAGGCCCUCAAUUUGGAGAAGAAGAGCAUCGCCGUGGGUCACAGCCAGGUGUUCCUGAAAGCUGGCGUCAUCUCCAGGCUGGAGAAACAGAGGGAGAAGCUGGUCUCUCAGAAUCUGACGUUCCUCCAGGCAGCCUGCAAAGGGUUCCUCUCCCGCCAGAAAUAUAAGAAAUUAAAGAUCCAGCGUUUGGCCGCCCGCUGCAUCCAGAAGAACCUGGCCGUCUUCCAAACCGUGAAGGGCUGGCCGUGGUGGCAGCUGAUGAGCCGCAUUCGACCGCUGCUGACUAUCAGUCACGCGGAAGGCCAGCUCCGAGCCAAGGAGGAGGAGCUUGUGACGCUCCGAAAAAAGCUGGAAAAUUCGGAGCUUUCUCGCCAAGAGCUUCAGCAAAGUGCAGAAUUGCUGGAAACCAAGAUCAUCGACCUCACGACGGAGCUGUCGGACGAGCGCUCAAAAGGAGACGUGGCCUGCCAGGUCCUGGAAGGAGAGCGGGCCGAAAGGUUGCGGGGGUCAAGAGAAGUCAAAGAGCUGCAGAGCAAGCACGACCAAUUGCAGAAAAAGCUGGACUCCGCAGAAAAGCAGUUGGAGCAGACACAGCAGCAGCUCCACGAAAUCAGAGCAGGAGGCUCUGGGAAAGGGGAUGAAUGGCAGAUGCGUCUGGACUGCGCAGAGACCGAGAUUGGGUUCCUCCGGAAGAAGAUCGCGCAGCUGGAGGAAAGGCUGGAGUUGGAGCAGACGUCCAAAAAGGAGCUGGAACAAAAGCUCAGCGAAGCCCAGAAAGCGUACGAAGGUGCCAGGCGGACAGCGCAGCAGAUGAAAAGGAAGUGUAAGCAGCUGACUUGCGAUUUGGAAGACACGCGGGUGCUGAUGGAGAACCAGCAAAGCCGGAAUCACGAGUUGGAGAAGAAGCAGAAGAAGUUUGACAUGCAACUGGCUCAAUCUUUGGGAGAAUCCGCCUUCGAGAAGAGCCUUCGCGAGAAAGUGUCGCAGGAGAACAUGGGCCUCCAGUUUCAUCUGGGGAAGUUGCAGCGGAGCUUAGAGCAAAAGGAAUCAGAAAACUCCAGCCUCAACCAGCGCAUUGCAGUGCUGGCCACUCAGGUGGAGGAGCUUAGCUCAUCCAGCAGCCUGGAUCCGAAUGCCGUAGCCUCCCUCCGGAAGAAGCUUUGGGACCUGGAAUCAAGUUCCUCUGAACAGCAGAAGGAGCUGAGCGUCCAAGCAAGCACCGUUGAGCAACUGGAGCAGCUUCACCUGAGACUUGAACUGGAAAUAGAGAGGAUGAAACAGCUUCACCAGAAGGAGCUGGAAGACAAAGAAGAGGAACUGGAAGACAUCCGUCAGUCCUGCCAGAAAAGGCUCCGUCAGCUGGAGAUGCAGUGUGAACAGGAGUGUGACGAGAAACAGACGAUCCUCCGGGAGAAGCGGGACCUGGAAGGCCUUAUCGCAACGCUCUGUGAGCAGAUUGGCCACCGAGAUUUUGAUGUGGAGAAACGACUCCGGCGCGACUUGAAGAGGACGCACGCUCUCCUGGCUGAUGUACAGCUUCUGCUGGAAACCUCAGGGGCAGAUCCGGGUCCCACGGGGUGCAAGGAGGAGAUGGAGAAGCUGCGUGGCCAGUGGGAAGAGAGCACAGCCAGAUGCUCAGAGGCCCAGAAAUCUCAGAAGCUGCUGGCUCUGGAGCUGGAGAACUUGCACACCGAGCUGGAGACGAUCAGCAGGAACAAGAACUUGGUUGACGAACAGUUGUACCAGCUGCAGCACGAGAACGCUGAUCUCCUCAAGCGCAUUGACGAGGACCAGGAGGAUCUGAACGAGUUGAUGGCAAAGCACAAGGCUCUGAUUGCUCAGUCUGCCACGGACAUUGCCCAGAUCCGAGAGCUGCAGUCCCAGCUGGAGGAGGCGAAGAAAGAGAAGCAGAACCUGCAAGAGAAACUGCAGGUUGCUCAGGCCCGGGUCGUCUACUUGGAGCAAGCAAUGGUGGAGCGAUCCAUCGUCAGUCGCCAGGAGGCCUUGAUUUGCGACCUGGAGAACAAGAUGGAGUUCCAGAGCGUUCAGAUCAAGCGCUUUGAGAUCCUGGUGGUCCGCCUUCGGGACAGCGUGAUCAAGAUGGGGGAGGAGCUGGAGAAGGCGAAAGAAAGCGAGGGGAGGGAGAAGGAAAACACCCGCUAUUACCAGAUGCGGAUGGAGGAGAUGAAGGCUGACAUGAGCGAGCUGGUGCAGAGGGAACUGGAAGCAAGUCACAGACGCAUGGAGAUGGAGAAGCAAGUGGACGAGCUGACGGCAGUGAGGCAGACCUUGCAGGCCGACUUGGAGACCUCGAUCCGGCGCAUCGCGGACUUACAGGUGGCCCUGGAAGAAGUGCAGUCGAGUGAUGAGAGUGACACAGAGAGCGUCCAGACGGCCCGAGAAUCGCUCAGCUCACGGCGAGACACGGAGAGUCAGCUGAGCAUGGGGUCAACAAUGAGCAUAAACUUGGAGCCGGAAGGAAGCCUCAAAUCCUGGCUUGGUUCCACCUCAGGCUGGUCAUCUCCAUCUGGCACCAGCCUGGCAGGAAGCGUCUCCAGGUUCUCCUCGGACAACCACAGCGCCCGGAGCCUGAGGAUAAACAAGGAUCAAGAAACAAGCCAGCAGCCAGUAUCGCCAUUAAGUGUGAGAAGAAAGGACUAUGGAAGGAGCACAAGGGAGUCCAGCUUCAGCAAAGCUGAGAGCCCUUCCCUUGGUCUUCGAAGAUGGGAAUCUGGGAAACCCAUUUGCAAGGAGGAGUUCGAAACCCUCCCAAAAGUAGGAGCCGCACCUCCAUCUGUGAUGAGGCGGAUGCCAUCUCCAGCAGCAGCAGAAGAGAAAUUGCCAAGUCCUUUAUCCUCAUCUGUGGUUAGGAGGACAUCACCUUCAGCAGAAGACAAGCUCUCCCGCUCAUCCUCUGCACUUUCUGAAUAUGUUGAAGAGCUGCGGAGAAAAAGAUUGAAAGAUAAAGACCCAGGGACCUUAGCAUUGGGUGAUGCCUCCUCUUUACCCAUUUACCAAACAACGGGGGCCUCCUCCUUAAGAAGGUGCAGGACUUUGAAGGAUGACGAAGACCUCUUAGCAAAGAUGGAUGAACUCGGCGAAAGUACUGGAGCUGGCCUGGUCCGCUCCUCCAGCCUGAGAAGUGUAUCUUCUGAGAACAUGGCGCGACCGUCCCUUUCCCCUGCUCUGAAAAGGAUCUCCAAGUUUGGAUCGUAUGACUCCCUUGUUGAGAACGUAGAUGACACUUACUCGAAGCUCAGCUCUCCUCCGCUGAGUGGAGAUGCAUUCGGUACGCCACGGCUUAAGCCAUGGAGAAGUUGCCUGGAGACAUCGUUGGAAGAAGCAGCGGAUCCUGAUCUGGCGAAAGAGCCUCUGGUGUUUCAAAGCAGGAGAUUUGGUGAGAUUCCAAGUGACGGAAAGGAAAGUGACCCAUUUUCUUGGAAGAUCCCAACUUUAAGCUACGAGAGGAAAAUGGCCACUGACUCUGAUGACUUCCUCCCAGCCAUCCGGAAAACCCAAUCGGCAAGCAACUUGUCCAGAGGUCCCAAAGAGAGGAAGGAAGGUCAACGGGCCAUGAGUGUCCGUUUCGAAGACCAGGUCAACCCUGAUCGCACUUUCCUUUCCGAGAUAAGGGACACUUUAUUACCAAGUUCGAAAUCCAGAGAAGACCCCGGAAAUCUCUCCGACUCCUCCUCGUCUUCUGGCUCCGUUGUGUCUUUCAAAAGUGCCGACAGCAUCAAGAGUCGGCCAAAGAUGCCAAGGCUGGAAGGGGAAGGGUGUGUUGGAAGAGCAAACACCGAAGGUGCUAAAGAUAAAGACGACUGGCGGUCCGAGGCAGAAGGGAAAGAAGAUGAUGUAAAUAGUAUCAUGUUGAAAUACCUAGGAAAAGAGUAAGAAGCUUUGAAGGAUCUCAAAUAGGAAAAGAAAACCGCAGG